GGUGCAGACGUCACAGCAUCCCUUAACAGCGCUUCCUGGGACCUUCCGCCAUCCCUUUAAUGACGGGGAACGCUGGAGAUAGCCUACAUUCACCGCUGUUAUCUUGCAAUCAUGGCUGACGUUCCGGCUAUAAUAAACAUCGCGAUUUCAUUGAAAAUCCAACCCAACGACGGACCCGUCUUUUACAAGGUAGACGGGACGAGGUUCGGCCAAAGCAGGACCAUCAAAAUGCUAACAGGAUCGAAAUACUAAAUCGAGGUGAUCGUUAAGCCGGGUAACGCAGAGGCCGCCACAAUGGGCAUCGGAGGAAAAAGCUUCCCUUUGGAGCAGCAAUCCAAAGAUGAUGAACAGAUCGUCUACCAUGGCACCUACGACACUGAGGGCGUGCCGCACACCAAGAGCGGGGACAGACAACCCGUGCAGGUCUCCGUAGAGUUCAAAGAUGCUGGUUUGUUUGAAACAGUAUGGCAAGUGAAAUACUACAACUAUUACAAGAGAGAACACUGCCAGUUCGGCAACAGCUUCAACUGCAUCGAGUACGAGGCCAAACCCAACGAAACCCGCAGCCUUAUGUGGAUAAACAAAGAGGUCUUUCAGUAGAACCUGACCACAGCAACGGUAACGGCAGCAGUAGCACUAUGUCCUGUAACCAUCACGGGGUCACAGAUGCAAAAUGGUCCUCAGUGAAACAAGCUGUGAAUAUUACAGGCCCAAAAAAGAGAUCUCUCAGUGUUUUUUUUGUUCACCUGUCAAUCAAUGCACCGAUCUGUUGUACUGUUCAUGCAUGAUCUGAACAUUUAUGCCUUCAGUUGUAAGUCAAGUUGACUUUUUUUGUAUUUUUUCCUUACCAUGCUUGAGCACAUCUGAACAAGAUGGGCGAUAUACUGUGUACUGGAUUUGGGAACAAGGCCAAAUUGACACAACAUCCACUUUGUUAUGGUUACAAUGGAACCAGCAAGAUUCCAGUUUGUUUCAGGCUUGCAUUUAAUUCAAUCACUUAGAAAUGGGCAGUUCUCCAAAACGCUUGCGUAAAAAGGUGCUGUAUGAACAUAUACAGUAUCGGCUAUUUAUGACUUACUAUAAUGUAUAAUGUAGUACUACAAAGUAAAGACAAAUAAGUAAAUAUUGUGGUCUUUUGUGACCAGCGCUGACAAAACAAUUAUUUAUUUGUAAAAGGUGUGUCUGUUUCUCUAUAGUGUGAGUGAAUGUUUAAUUAUUUGUUUACUUUUGUGUAUGGAUUACAAUGCUAUUUAUUUUUUAUGGCAGACAUGGACAGAAAGUAUUCACAGGUGAAAGUGAAACAGCUAUUGCUUUCUACUGAAUUUAUGCCUAUUUUCGCUCAUAUUCUGCUUGUCAAUUUGUUUGUGUGGUGCAUAUGUAAACUGUUGAAUGUCUGUUUUGAUUUUAUGAUGUGUGUGAUUUAGGCCAAACUUUUGACUUUUUGUAAGAAUAUAAACAUGUAAAUCUUG